UGUUGAUGCGAAUACAAAAACCACUAUAAAUAUGCCUAUGACUUUUAAUGAGGUCCCUCGAUUUCUUAUAGAACAUAAAAAAAAACACUUAGAACCAAAUUGAGAGCCUCCUUCUUUCGGAAUUAUAAAUUCGGUAAAAAAAAUCAUGCAGCCGAUUUGAGAACUUCCUCUUUUUGGAAUUUUGGGGUAAAAUAGCAGCCUCGCGAACUUACUUGACAUUUUAGUUAGCCAAUAAUGCCACAAAUUGACCUACGUUUUCUAUUUACUUGCUAUAUGCUAUAAAUGUUGCUACAUAUAAUUCUAUAUGCUACAAAUGUUGUGCGCCAUACAUUUCUCAAGGUUUGAUUUAAAAUCUUUCAUGUAUUUUGUGACAUUAAAUUGAUGUUGAUGCAAUUAUUAUACAGAAAUCGAAAUGUGGUAUGUUAGUAUGUGCAUUGUAUAUGUGAUGGUGUUGGUGUGUGGUUCAAAGUUGUAAAUUAUUUCAUGAUAAAAUCACAAUUUAACUAAAUGUUGAUAAAAUUUAACAAUCUGUGUAAAUAAUUAAACACGCAAUUUUAUGGUCGUUAAUAAUUUCAUUAGUAAUAAAUAUUGUACCGUAUACUUAAAAUAUCUCAUAGUAAUUAAAUAUUCGUAUUUGAAAAGAGACUAAAUAGUUAAUAGAAUGUGCCUUCUAUUUAUUAUUUUAUCUGUCUCAUACGCGGCAGAACUGUUUGCAUCUAAAAAUGUCAAAUUGGACGCAGACAUACAUAUGGAUCCCACAUUCAUUGAAUUCAUAAAACAAGGGCUUGAUGAAGAAUUGGAGUUAGGAUAUUUUAGAAGUCAAUCGGACGGCGAUGGUCCUAUAAUGGAGGUAAUCAAGGACAAUGCUUUACAUGAGAUUUUAACGGAAAACUUGCCUGAAAUAACAUCUGGGGGUAAUUCAAUAUUAGCGCAAAUACACAAAUUCGAAGAACGAUCACAGCAGAAAGGAAUCGAUUGUAUCCAAGCUGUUGCUGACCAUGUGCAAAAUAAACUUAACUUAUUACAAGCUGAUUUGAUUCCUGUAGUAAAAAAGAUUAAAUCCGAUUAUAUUACCAUGUUAAAGAAAUACUUUUCUGACCUUGACAGGGAAAAACCUAUUUUCGAAGUAGAUAAAGAAUAUAUAAUUUUAGACAUGGUCAAUGUUGUUUGUAUGAUUAGAACCAAAAUUGAGAAAAUACUAUUAAAGAGAAUUCUUGCUUUGGCUGGAGAUACAGAAGAUGAUGAAAUAGAAAUACUGACUGAUACGCUUCGCAUAUUUAAUGACAAUGAUAAACGACAGGAAAUCAACUUCAUGUGUUCGAAUUAUAAAAUUUGCAGGCCAAAUCCUGCAUUUUCAGACUACCUGUUCAGAUUUUUAGACGAAGUUUUGAAACUAGACGACAGUAAAUUUCAACAUUGUCUUAAUAGAAUUUCACAAUUAUUACUUACUAAGAUAUCAUUCUUUAAAACGGUGUUAAGGGAUAAACUUAUUACUUUUUUGGAAACAAAAUUGAACAAUAUAGCAUCAGUAAAUGUAAAUGAAAUGAGAGAAGUCGUCUCAUUUUUACAUUCAAUUGUAAUUCGACGGUAUAAAAUUAAUCGUACAAAUGACAAAAAAAUACUCGACAAGGCUAAAUCUGCAUAUAUAAUUCUAGACAUCGUGGAUACUGCAUUUGGAAUAGAUGGCGAUGAUAUAUAUGGCAGUCACAUGGAGAAAUGGAUUUCAUUAGUCAGAGAAUUAUCAACCAAUAUGAGAAAUGAUAUAGAGACAACAUUAUACGAUUUGAUACAAUAUGUUGUUGAAGCUAUGGCUUAUAAUUUUACAAAACGUGCUAAAGAAGAAAUAAUGGCAUUGGCAGAUAUACUUUUCUAUGGGAAAGUUGGAAAACAAGAAGGGACGGAAUAUUUGUUUACUGAAGGCUCAAAGUUUGUCAAAGGAUUGCUUCAUCGUUCAGAGCCAAAAAAACUUUGGUAAAACUAACUUAUAUGUGUGAUUGCUCUUUCUCUCUCUUCUUUAAAUACUUCAAAUAUGUUUCAUGUAUUGUUUAUCGGUGCGAUAGAUUUAACAGUAAAUAAAUACCCGCGCAAUAUGGCUAUUGUUUUAAAAGUAACGGUGUGGUCUUGUUCGUUCGAUUUUGAUGAGAAAAACUGGGUAUUGUAUGUUUGCUUGUUUUUUUGGAUCCAGUGUUCAGGAUUUACUUUGACUGAGAGAAAAUAAGCAGUAAAUAUCUAAUUUAAGAAAACAUAUUUUAUCCUAGUUUUACCUAUGGAAAGAAUUUUACAGAGCCGGGCACAAGAUGUUAGAUACCUAUGUAACACGGCAGAAAGAAAGAUUUUAAAUAUGGCAAAGAAUAAAGAUCCGAAGUUAAUUUUUCA